AUGCCGACGCUGUCAGGACGCGAGUUUGAGCUCGCGCCAAUUUAUCAUUUGUUCGGGAGAGCCCCGGGGAUGAACGUCGCCGUGCAUGCUGCCCUGGGCGCUUAUUUCGUCGAGUCAAUGUAUUCGUCGAGUGCGGGCCUGGCUUCGUCGGGUGCGGGACCGAGGUUGCUAGGGGAGGGAAGGGCAAGGGAGAGGGUAGAGGAUGUUGGAGGAGGGAGGGAAGAGAGCGCCGACCGCGGAGGCCUCAGACAGGAGGUGGAGGAAGAGAUGGGGCCGGCGAACGUGAGUGGGUCCCGAGGAAGAUCAUUACCGUUAUCCCCGGUAAGGAUCAAAAGGGCGAUUGCUUGGCAACCGUUACCCGCCUCGAGACGGCCCGGAAGUCAUUAUCAAGUGCGGGGUACUCGGAGGCGCUUUUGGCGGGACCGCAAGAGCGAUUCUUGCACCGAGGGAAGGUCGACAAUAGCAAAGGGUGCAGCCACAACCCAUGCCGGGCUGACAUGCAGGAUCUAUCACGUAGAUCCUGUAAGCGCGCAAGAACCGCCUUACCAUGAUAGACGGCAUGAAGGCGGUGCGCAUUAG